UAUUUAUUCUUCUUCAAAGUUCAAACAAUCAAACCCUCCUCCCUCUUCAUUUCAUUUCCUCACUUCUGCUUGCUUGCUUUCAAACUUCAUCAUUUCCUAAUUGAAAAAUGGCUUUUUUGGGGAUUCUUCUACUUGGGUUUCUCUCAGUUGUCUCCUCUGUCAAUGGGUACUAUGGGGGCUGGUCCAAUGCUCAUGCAACCUUUUAUGGAGGUGGUGAUGCUUCAGGCACAAUGGGUGGGGCUUGUGGCUAUGGGAACCUUUACAGCCAGGGCUAUGGGACUAACACAGCAGCACUAAGCACUGCAUUGUUCAACAAUGGCUUGAGCUGUGGGGCAUGCUAUGAGAUCAGGUGUGUAAAUGACCCACAAUGGUGCCUCCCUGGCGUCAUUGUGGUCACAGCCACAAACUUUUGCCCCCCAGGUGGCUGGUGUGAUCCUCCACAGCAGCACUUUGAUCUCUCUGAGCCUGUCUUCCUGCGCAUUGCUCAAUACAGAGCUGGAGUUGUCCCUGUAUCAUACAGAAGGGUGAGAUGCAAGAGAAGAGGAGGCAUAAGGUUCACAGUGAAUGGCCAUUCUUACUUCAACUUAGUGCUUGUGACAAACGUUGGUGGGGCUGGAGAUGUGCAGUCUGUGGCCAUCAAGGGCUCUAGGACCCGGUGGCAACUAAUGUCAAGAAACUGGGGGCAAAACUGGCAGAGCAACUCAUACCUAAAUGGACAGAGCCUCUCUUUUCUUGUGACAACCAGUGAUGGCCGCAGAUUGGUUUCAUAUAACGUUGCCCCUCCUAAUUGGUCAUUUGGGCAGACAUAUACUGGGAGACAGUUUCUCUAUUAAUUAAUUAAUCAAUUAAUUAUCUGUCUGUGUGUGCUUAAUGAAGCUUCUUUAGUUUUCCACUUCGUUGAGUUAUAUGUGGUAAGUUUACUAUCUGCAGACAAAAAGCUGAAGUAAUUCUGAGGAGGAAGAAUGGAGUGUAGCUAAUAGCUAUAAUUGUUGGAAGAAUAUAAGGGUCAAAAUGAAAAAGGGUUUACUUUGAAGUAAUAGAUUGUGAUAGAUUGUGAGUUUUUGCAGUUCAUGGCCGGGAUUGUUCUGAAGCCUGAUGGCCAUAUCUGCUAGAGAGAGAGAGAGAUAUUAUGUUUCUUAAGGCAGUUUGGCAGUGGAAUUUUACCACCCGCUGUUAAUUUCAUGAAGUUAUGAAUAUUGAAUAGAAGAGGUGUGUUUUUACUAGUU